AGAACCACCACCGGCCUCCGAGAAGAACCCGAACGAGCCAAACCAAACCAAAGCAAAGCAAACCCAUCCAGAGCCAACGCCUCUCACAACGAUUGUUGGUUGGUUGGUUGGUUGGUUGGUUGAUUGAUUGAUUCACCAUGGGCGGCGAGACACUCGAAGAAAUCGCCGCGCGAGUCAAGGCGGAGCGACGCUCUAGGAUGCGUUCCAAGAUGCGCGGAAUCGCCGUUCAGUCCGCGGCACCGACUCCGGCGACACCGGUCGCGAGAGAGAACGCCAGCGACAACGACAACGACAAAAACAAAGACAAAGACAACCAAAGUGCUGCUGUACAUCCAGAUCAACGACCCCGGCAGACCCAGGGCGGCCCGGCCUCUUCUCGCGAUUCCGGAGCGAGAACCGAGGAUGCCGCUGCCGCCACGCUGCCCACGGGGGACGACGAUCGUGUACACAACAAUCAAACAGACGGAAGCAGMAGCAGCAGCUAUGCGAACCGGCCCGAUGCCAAUGCCGCUGGCGAUGCCUACGAAAGSCGUUCUCGGCAUCCGCCGCCGCAGCGAGCGACCGAAACAACAGAACGACACCCCACCGAAAGGAUCCACGGCCAAGGCCACGAGAGCAACCACAACCACGAGAGCAACAGCUACUACCCCCACGAUCCUUCUCCGGCCGUUUCCAAAGGMCMCCAGAGCGCCCCCCGCCGGCCCGUGUCUCGCGGGUACGACACGAAACCCCCCGCCACCCGGGCGAACGCGGGCCAUCCCCGCUCGCAGCAAGAGCCGCAGCAGCAGCAGCAGCAACACGAGCAGCAUCGGUACCGCGGCGACGAUCCGUAUGCGCAGCCUCAUUCUCUGUCGCAGUCGCAGUACUACGAUGGUGGCCAGUACGACGGUGGCCAGUACGACGGUGGCCARUACRACGGUGGCCARUACRAYGGUGRCCAAUAYRRCRGUGRCCAAUACAGCAGUGGCCAAUACGACGAUGCCCCUCCAUCGGAUCGCCAACACCAGUACUACCACGACGAUCCUCCCCGGGACCAGAGUUACCAGUAUCCGCACGACGGCGAUUCCCAGCGGGGGGCGUCUUCCGCCUACGAUUAUCCUUACGAACAACAGCAGCAACAGCAACAGCAGCAACACAACCACGAGGAGUACUACAACGCCCGCGGCGACUAUCCGCAGCACCACCGCAGCGACUACGACUACCACGACCCCCGRGGGAACGCCCCCGCCGAGCGCUACGACGCCGCCGGGAAUCGGGGRCACCCGGCCGAUCCGGCCCCGGCGGCAGCGAAGCCGCCGUCCCGGGGGUACGCGACCGAGCCCGUGCGGUCCCAAUCGCAGUCUCGGUCUCGGUCCCGGGCGCAGACCGUGUCGCAGUCGCAGUCGCAGUCCCUGCACCGCCCCCCGCUUUCCUCCUCCUCGGCGGACGGGUACGGGUACUACGACGACCGGUCCGCCAAGCGCCGGAAGGGGGAGCCCGGGCUUUCCUACGGGCACGACCCCCCGCAAGAGCACCAAAGCCGGCACCCCGGGCCGGCCUACGGGCACGGUCCGGGCGGCGGCGGCGACGGCCCCAAGCCCCCGCAACGCGGAAGCCGGAAGCGGGGAAAGGGCGGCAAGGGCCGGAACGCCAAGCCCCAGGUGCAGGCCGGGAGGGGCGGCAGGGGCCGCGGCAACGGCUUGCUCAAGCCGGCCUGGAUGUCCGACRAGCAGUUCUUGCAACAGCAACAGCAAAAGGGCCUUUCGGCGUCCCCAACGGUUUCCGCGUCUGUCUCCGUGUUUUCCGGGCCGGGCAGGGGGAUGGGCCGCGGCCGCGGGAUGGGCCUGCUCAAGCCCGCCUGGAUGACCGACGAGCAGUUCCUGGAGCAGCAGUCGCAGCAGCAGUCGCAGCAGCAGUCGCAGCAGCAGUCGCAACCGCCACAGCCGCAACACGCACCCCAAAGAGCCGCGCAGGGGGAGGCGCCCCUGCCCGCAUGCGAGCCGUUGCAAGGCGGAAGCAGCCAACCCCCCGACCGUCCCCCCCAAGGCCGGCCGGGCAAGAAGAAACGGGGCGGGAGAAAGGGCCGCGGCCGSGGGGGAAGGGGAGGAAGCGGUGGCGGCGGCCACCCCUACCAGCAGCAGCAGCAGCAGCCACAGGCCCCUUGUCCCGACGCAGGCGGGCGGGGCCGCGGCCGGGGCUCGGGCCUCCUCAAGCCGGCCUGGAUGACGGACGAGCAGUUCCAGGAGAAGCAGCAGCAACAGCAACAACAACCACAGCAACAACCACCGCCGCCACCCGCCGCGCAGGCCGCCGGGCCAGGGGUGGUUCAAGGCGGAACCGGAGACGAAAGCAUGGGGCGAGGGAGGGGACGGGGCCGGACCCUCCCGGCCUGGAUGACCAAGUAAGAACGCACGCCACGCCACGCCACGCCACGCCGUGCCCCAAACCGAAAACGCUCGU